AUGGAGAGCUGGGAUGCUGAGUGCAUUUUGGUCCGCUCUCCCCUGUGGCUGGAUCAAGAUUCAGAACCAGGACAAAAAUGUAAAAAGAAAGGAGUCGAUGGAGAGACAAGAGUGAUCGAGCAAAAAAUCAUCUUUGCUGGAGAGACGGAUUCGAACGACGACAACAACAACCCACCCGGGGCCGUUGCGGAGACGGGCGGCGUUGGAGAGGAGCACAUGCUGGUUUAUUUUUUACGCUAUGGAAAGAAUGAGCUUUUAGGACACAAAGUCCUCGCGGCCGGCGAGGGGGUGGAAGUUGUCUCUGUCUCCAGGAGCAUCAGAGGUCCUCCAAGGAUUGCCGAUAAAGUGAUUCACCGUCAGUCCGUGAGGCUAGGGAGGACUAUCAAGCUCCUGUGCCCAGUGGAGGGUGACCCCCCGCCUCUCACCAUGUGGAUGAAGGAUGGACGCACUAUCCACAGCGGCUGGACGAGGUUCCGAAUCCUUCAGCAAGGGCUGAAAAUCAAGGAGGUGGAAAGCGAAGAUGCGGGAACCUACAUUUGCAAAGCCACCAAUGGCUUCGGCAGCACCAAUGUGAACUACACCCUCAUCGUGAUCGAUGAUGCCAGCUCAGGAAAGGAUAGCCAGGUACCUGAAGGCUCCAAUGGAGAAUAUGAAGAUCAUUCUGGGAAGCAAUGGGCCCGGCCCAGGUUCACACAGCCUGCAAAAAUGAGAAGAAGAGUGAUCGCCCGUCCUGUCGGCAGCUCCAUCCGCCUGAAGUGCGUGGCCAGCGGGAACCCACGGCCUGACAUCACGUGGCUGAAGGACAAUAAGCCCCUCACGCCCCAAGAGAUUGGGGAGAACAAGAAGAAGAAAUGGACGCUAAACCUGAAGAACCUGAAGCCAGAGGACAGUGGGAAAUACACCUGCCGAGUGUUUAACAAAGUUGGAGAAAUCAAUGCAACAUACAAAGUUGAAGUAAUCCAGAGGACAAGGUCCAAGCCCAUCCUGACAGGGACGCACCCCGUCAACACGACAGUAGACUAUGGUGGGACCACAUCCUUCCAGUGCAAAGUCCGCAGCGAUGUCAAACCUGUCAUCCAGUGGCUGAAAAGGGUGGAGUAUGGCACAGAGAGCAAGUACAACUCAACCAUCGAUGUUGGGGGACAGAAGUUCGUUGUGCUGCCCACGGGGGAGGUCUGGUCCCGUCCCGAUGGUUCCUACCUGAACAAACUGAUGAUUACUCGAGCUAAGGAAGAGGACGCAGGGAUGUACAUUUGCCUAGGGGCAAACACCAUGGGCUACAGCUUUCGCAGCGCUUUUCUCACAGUCCUGCCAGAUCCCAAGCCUCCAAGUGCACCUGUGCCCCCCUCCUCGGCCAGCAGCCUUCCCUGGCCUGUGAUCAUCGGCAUCCCUGCUGGAGCCGUCUUCAUCUUUGGAACCAUCCUCUUGUGGCUUUGCCAGACCAAGAAGAAGCCCUGCUCCCCACCAGCUGCUGCCCCCGUGCACCGGCCACAGCCCCGGGACAGAAUCUGCGUCUCCCAGGUCCCCGACAAAGACUGCAUCUCCUCCAUAAACUAUGAGGAAUAUGUCGCCCAGCAGCAGCAUUUACUGUCACAAGGGCCUGCACUCGCCCCGGCCAUGGCAUCCAAAAUGUACCCAAAGAUUUACACAGACAUCCACACCCACACCCACUCGCACGUGGAAGGCAAAGUCCAUCAGCACCAGCACAUUCAGUACCAGUGCUAAGAGGGUGGCCGUGUACAGUAGCUCAUUUGGGCUUUUCCUCGUGGUACCUCAGAAGAGACUGCUCCAAGUCAGCUCACACUGCCAGCAAUAGGCAAAGCAGACAGAAAAGAUUAUAUAUAUAAUUUUAAAUAUAUAUAUACAUAUAUAUAUAAUUGUAUAUGCGUGUGUGUAUGUGUGUAUAUAUAUAUGUGUAUAUAUCUAUAUCUAUCUAUAUAAAUAUAUAUAUAUACUAGAGAGAGACAGAGAGAGAAAAGAGAUUUUUUUUUUAAUUAUUGCAAUCAGGAUGUAGCCGAGGAAUAAUGAAGGAACUCCAAAUCUCAGCAGAGAGGCAGCCAUCUCCAACAGCGGAGCCUUCCCGGAUUUUUUAAUUAAGGUGGCGACCAGUGAGACAGGACACGGGGACGUGAACCACCACCUUCUUCCUUGUGUUGCUAAAAGGAGCAAGAAGAGCAAGAGGUGACUGCGGUGCUUUUCUGGAUGGGCACUGGUGUUCCUGUGCCUGCUGCACAUCACUUGCAUGGGUGGGAAGCCCCCAGACCUGCUCUGCCUGACUUGAGCUGUAAAGUACCUGAGGUUUAGUGCCAAAGCACAGGAAGAUAUAACCAAUUCACCUCUUCCACGGGAAAAAAAUAACACAAGAAGAUCUGGAAAAACUAAUUUCUAUUCACAACGUGAAAUGCCAAAUGCUUCUCAAUCGUGGUCAUUUGAUCUGAAACGCUAACCAAGUUGGUUGGUUUGAUUUCUGCAAGUUGAAGGCAUCGUGUUUCCCAUGGGAGGUUGUGCAGAUCAAUCCACAAGUGCUCCACUCCCCGGUCCUAGGACUCAGUGCCACUGCCAGGAAAAAGGAAAGAAGGAAAGAGGAACAUUGUACAGAACACCUUUAUAUUUAUAUUUAAGAAAUAAUAAUAAUUAAUAAUAAUAAUAAUUGAACUGCUGAUGGUGAAGAAAGCAAACCACGCUGUCGUUCUCUGAUGGCUCACAGUGACAAGCUACUGGAUUUUCUACAUGAAUGCAAAAUACGUGAAAACAUUAGAAAAAAGAGUAAGAAACAAAGAGAAUGGAAUAAUAAUCGGUUAGGAGAAAAUGCAUUUGAGAAAUAUUCACCUAGGUUGUGUGUGGUUGUCCCCUUCCCUCAGAUAACAUUUUGGAAAUGAUACAACUUUGUUGCAGUUCAAACAACAGUAAAAAACAGAAAGAAGAGAAAAUAAAUAAGGACCAUAUUAAAUACCUAUAUGGACUGGAAAUGAAUUCAAUUGCAAAUAUAAGACCUUUGUAAUUCUAUAUAGAGUUUAAACAGAAGUCAUGUAUAUUUAAUUUAUUUUGUUAAACAAGAAAAAAAAUGUAUGAUAUUUUCCUUGAAACAGGCAUUUCUAUACAUAUUUUUGAUCAAAGAAAAUAAAGAUUUUUUUUUUUUUUCAGGUUCUAUAGAUGCCAUGCUCAGAAUAUACUCAAUGUAGCAUGUGACCAACUGUUCUUCUAACCUAGAGGUCUUCUAUCUCUAUGCCUUUUUACACUAGCCAUGUGUAAUCUCCUAACUUCAUCUCAGGUACCGCUGGUGCCAUCAUUUCCAUCAGAAACUGGCCUUUUCCACUGUUUAUAUUCUGUCUGUGAGGGUCUGCAGAGGCCAGAUCUCAUG